GACGAAAUUAUCAUUUAAGCACCGCGCAUUUUCGCUCUACAUCAAUCCAAAGACAAGAUAUCCGCGCAACAGCUUUUCUUCCUAAGCAAAUUCCCCUAUAAAAAGUGUUUAAUAUUUAACUUUAACAUAUGUCUGCUGCAAUUCAAAGAUUUUUUGGUAAAAAGACUCCAGAUGAGCUUGUGAAAAAAUGGAGACAAGAAAUUCGAUCACAACAAAGAGGAAUUCAGCGUCAGAUUCAAGCGAUUGACAAUGAAGAAGCUAAAGUCAAACGUUCAAUCAAACAAGUUGCUAAGAAGGGAGAUGUAAAGAAUUGCAGAAUGUUGGCAAAGGAGCUGAUACGUUCUCAAAGACACAAGAAUAGAUUAUAUACCAGCAAAGCUCAAAUGAACUCCAUCAUUAUGCAGUUAGAGCAUCAAUUAGCUACUAUAAAGGUCGCAGGAUCACUCCAAAAAAGUGGUGAAGUCAUGAAGCUCGUGAAUCAACUUGCUCGUUUACCGGAAAUGUCACAAGUAAUGCAGCAAAUGUCUAUGGAAAUGACCAAGGCAGGUAUCAUGGAAGAAAUGAUUGGCGAUACGAUGGAUAUGAUGGAUGAUGAUGAUAUUGAGGAAGCAGCAGAUGAAGAGGUCAAUAAUGUAUUAUUCCAAAUAACCGAUGGCAUGCUUGGGGAGGCAGGAAAUGUUGGCCCUGCUCUCGAGUCAAGACCAGCGGUCGAAGAAGAAGAAGAGGAGGAUGAGGAGGAAGGCCCUGAAUUAGAUAUGAUGCAAAAGCGUUUACAGGCAUUAAAGGGAUGAUACACCGAAGCUUCUGUAUAUUAAAGGAUAGAGGAUACACAAUAUAUUAUUAAUAAAACAAGCCUCUUUCCAUACAUCUU